AUGUCGAUCCCCGCGGCCUUUAAAUCCUUUUGGCAUUCCAUGACCAGCAAUGACCGCCAUUCCGAGUACAACUCUCCGUAUCGGACUGGCCAACAUGUGCCGCUCAGCUCCGAGAACCGGCGCAUGAGCGCCCUGGCCGCCGUGGCUACCGCCUCCGACUCGCGCGCCGACAUCUCUUCUCCCUACUACACCGACGAGGGCGCCCUCAGCCCAGCCAUGUCCCAGCGUCCCCUCCGCAGUCCCGGCAUGCCGCUGAGCCCGGCCCCCUACUCACCCGGUGCGCGGUCGGAGAGCGCCCGGCGGGGUCAGCGAACCCACGACGGCUUCGAGGUCUCCACACCCAAUGGCGAGAUCCCCAUGCAGGCGUUUCAGGACGGCCUGCCCCCACCGCCCCCCAUAAGCCGCUCCUGGGAGCGCAUCGACAGCUGGGCCGAGGAAAACUUCCCUGAACUGUUCGACAACCUCUGCGAGGGCUGCACCACCAACGACCUCAAUGACCUCGAGCACAUGCUCGACUGCUCCCUGCCCAUGGACGUCCGCGACUCCUUGCAGGCCCACGAUGGCCAGGAGCGCGGCGGCCUGCCCACCGGCAUCAUCUUCGGCUGCAUGCUGCUGGACUGCGAAGAGAUCGUCCAGGAGUGGGACAACUGGCGCAAGGUGAACUCGGAGUACCUGCAGCAGUCGGCUGCCGCCGCUGCCGCCGCUGCUGCCGCCGCCGCUGAGGCUGCCAAGGCCAGCAGCGCCGAGGCUGGCAACGGGAGCGUCGAUGGCGAGGGCAGCGACGAGGCCUCCUCGUCCAAGGCCCCGUCCACCACCGCUGCUCCGGGCCGGCCCAUGUGGCGACAGGAGCUGCAGUCCCGCCAGGACUGCGUGCCCGCCAACGCCGUCCAGAAGGUCUAUGCUCACCCGGCCUGGAUACCACUGGUCCGUGAUUGGGGUGGCAACAACCUGGCGAUUGAUCUGGCCCCUGGUCCCACCGGUACUUGGGGCCAGGUGAUUUUGUUUGGUCGUGACUACGAUACCAAGUACGUGGUCGCGCGGUCAUGGUCUGCCUUUGUUGCCAUCGUGGCCGACGACCUGAACAGCGGCAAGUGGUUCAUCGAAGAGGACAGCAACGAGCUGAAGCUGCGCGAAUUCAAGAACAGCCGGGUCGAGCCAGGCUACUUUGACAUUCUCCGGUGGCGGACGGACCAGAAGUUCGGCCGCCGUCAACCGAACCCGAAGCGGAAGUCCAUGGCGCCGAGCGUCGUCGCCUCGCCGACCGGUACUGGCUCGCCCUACAUCAGCCCGACAGAACCGCCGUCAGAGCCCCGUGGCCGGCCAUUACAGCGCCUGAGCUCGCCGUCUCCGCUUGGCAGCCCCAGCCGGCCCGGAUUUGGCAAGUCGCCCUUGGCUCGCGUGACAGAAGAGGCUUCACUUCCCAGCUCGGGCGCCGCGUCGCCUAACGGCAAGGCUGCCGAGAAGCUAGUCGAGGUAGAAACGCCACGAGUGAGCAGCGAUGCGAGCAGGCCUGCUGAGCCGGUCUCUCCCCUUGUUGCCUCUCCUGCUUCUGCUACGGCUGCGGCUACCCCUGCCGCUGCUGUCGCUGUCGCUACCUCGCCGCUGUCCGGAUCGCCAAAGGCAGCAUCGGUCUCGAGAAAGUCUACGCUCACAAACGGGACGCUGCAGGCGUCUGCGGAGGAUGAGACCAUGAAGACGAUUGAGAUCUAA